UGACCUGUUGAUGUCGGUAAAAUGGAGUAUAGCACUGGGAGUCAUUUCCCCAUCCCCAAAAUAUUUAAAUAAAUACGAUUUGGAAUCGAUAGCUGACACCGUGGGACAACUGUCAACCUCAUCGAUAGAGUUUGUGACAAUCGGAUGUUUUUAAUUCGUGGGUAAUCGCGGAAGCAACGGAUACUGUGCGGUUGUCUGAGUGCAUGAGGUGGAUGGUGCGCUGGGGCGAACCCAAAAUAUUUUAGCAGUGCUAUGUUAGCUUGCUAGUUUAGCUAGCUUAGCUAGUCCUGACAGGCACCCGAUUCACAGGCCUGUGGAUGGGAUGCGUAUAUUGCAAUGAAAGACGGGACUAAAAGCGAAAGAUGUGGACCUUUUCAAACUGAUUAAAGUUCGUUAUUAUAUACGUAUACUUUUUUUGACAGCUGCCAAACGCCGUGGCGCUCCUGGAUCGCGUGUUGCUUUAGUCACUGCCAUUCUCUGUCGCCCCCCGGCCCGUGCCAGUGGAGCACUCCGAGCGGGCAGACUGGCACACCGCGCGGCGGUCACCUCGGUACACAGACAGCUAUCGCCGCGGUUUGAUCUUGUAUCUUGGUCCAAACGCAACUCCCUGGAGAUACAAUUUAUAGCUAGUAACAGCUAGCUAUCACUUAAGAGACCCUGUGGUGGUGUGCGUAGCGCACCAUGGCCCAGACCCUUCAGAUGGCGAUUCCUAACUUUGGUAACAACGUCCUGGAGUGUCUGAACGAGCAACGUCUCCAGGGGCUCUACUGCGAUGUCUCCGUGGUCGUCAAGGGACACGCCUUCAAGGCUCACCGUGCCGUGCUUGCGGCCAGCAGCUCUUACUUCCGGGACCUGUUCAGCACUGGGGGAGGCGGCGGCUCCAAGACCCCCACAGUGGUGGAGCUCCCCCCGGCCGUCCAGCCCCAGAGCUUCCAGCAGAUCCUGGCCUUCUGCUACACAGGCCGCCUCAGCAUGACAGUGGGAGACCAGUUCCUCCUCAUGUACACCGCAGGCUUCCUGCAGAUCCAGCAGAUCAUGGAGAAGGGCACCGAGUUCUUCCUCAAGGUUUCCUCGCCCAGCUGUGACUCCCAGGGCCUGCAAGCCGAGGAGGCUCCGCCCUCCGAACCCCAGAGCCCCGUCACUCAAACUGUUGCCGCGGGGACUGGCAGUCACCCUGCGUCCUGCCUUACCCCCCUCCCCCUCGUAACGCGGGUGAAGACAGAGCAGCAGGGCAACCAAUCAGAAGCCUCGCCCUACUCGGUGGUGUGCACCCCUGUGGCCAAGCGCUUGUGGGAGGGCGGCAGCAGCCGAGACGGGGGUGGAGGGGGCUCAGGUGGAGGCGGGUCCAGGAAGGCUGCCCGCUUUUCCCAGGAGUCCGUGCGAGGGAGUGCCAUCCAGAGCUCGGGGGCGCUGGCACUGGCCAUGGGGAUGGGGGCCAGCGGGGCGGGGAUAGGAUCAGGGGUCGGGGGUCACGGCAGCGGGUCCAACGGGAGUGUGGUCUCCAUGGGCAAUGUGGCAUCGGAGGGCGCCAGCCCGGGCACGAUGAGCGCCUACACCAGUGACUCGCCUAUCAGUUACCAUGACGAGGAGGAAGAGGAGGAGGUGACAGAGGAGCAGACGGAGGAGCAGUACAGGCAGAUCUGUAACAUGUACACCAUGUACAGCAUGCUCAACGUGGGCGCCGCAGCUGGUGAGCGUGUGGAGGCCCUACCGGACCACUCAGAGACCCGGGGUCGUAUGCGGGGUCGCCAGGACCUGUCGUCUCUCCCCGCUGAGCUCAUCACACAGAUAGGCAACCGCUGCCACCCCAAACUAUACGAGGAGGGGGACCCCGCAGAGAAACUAGAGCUUGUCUCAGGUACGUGUGUGUUCAUAUCUCGAGCCCAGCUGAUGAACUGUCAUGUGAGUGCAGGGACCAGGCACAAGGUGUUGCUCAGGAGGCUGCUGGCUGCCUUCUUCGACAGGAAUACUCUGGCUAACAGCUGUGGAACAGGAAUCCGCUCCUCCACUAACGACCCCAGCCGCAAGCCCCUGGACAACAGAGUGUUGCACGCAGUCAAAUUCUAUAGCCAGAACUUCGCCACGAGCUUCAAGGAGAGCGAGAUGAACGCCAUCGCGGCGGACAUGUGCACCAACGCCCGCCGCGUCGUCCGCAAGAGCUGGAUUCCCAAGCUGAAGCUGCUCAUGGCCGAGGGCGACGCAUACUCCGCCUUCCUCCCCGACGCCAAGAUGGAGGCCGACGCCCUAGGGGCGGAGCCAACCUUUGAACCCAACUCCCUGGAGGGCGCCGAGACGGGUGGCUCAUCUGGCGAGUCGCUGCAGGGGGUGGGCAGUGACGGAGGCACUUUGUUUUAGAUGGGGAGGUGGAGUACAGAAGUGUUUAGAAGACGAUGAUGAUGAUGAUGAAUACCUAUAUUUCCCUGUACUCCUUUCUUCUCCUCUGGUGGUGUGGCCCAUCCCCCUGACCCUUUGGCCUUUUGAUCCUCCACCUCCGACAUGUGACUCUGAAACGUUGCUAGGGGAAACAGGGGUUGUUACCAGGAUGUUAACCAGGAAGUUAUGCUUUAAUUUUGAAAGCGAGAGUCCAAGCAAUCGUAACUUCCAAUAUGGUUUCUGCUGUAUAUUAGUAUGGGGGUAGAGAAAGGGUGAUGGGUUUGUGGGGAUGCAGUAUUUUUUUUAAAUUUAAUUUUGUUUUAUUAACCAAAUUCCUGCCUCUCCAUAUCAAAACCCAUUCCCCUGGUUUUGAAUGUAGAUGUCAGCAGCAUUGCACAAUGUCAGUCUGAACGAUUGUAUCCCAACCUCUUGAGGAAAAACAAACUGACAGAAAGAUAACUACUCUAUGGAUAUGAGAGAGACUGUAGUUUCUCUCUAGAAUGAGAGAAAGAGAAAAGGGGAGAGAGGGAGCGAUAGAAAUACCCCUAACCCACCAACCCCACACCCUUCUGUGACCAGAACAAAAUGAUUAUGCCCUCAGUUUUAAUGUACUGUCUCUCUUCUUGUAGCUUUUCUGAUCACAGCUCGUUUCUCUGUUUGUAACAUGGAUCCAGAGAUGAGGACUACAGGUUGUACCAUAAUUGUAAUGAAAUCCAAGGGGAACAGAAAAAGACGGUCAUAUUUUUUUUAAUAUGUAUUUAUACAACCGUGGGUGUGUACAGAGAGAAAGAGAGGGAUUGGUUUUAAAUCUGUUGUUUUAUUGUAUUUUGAACAGCUGUUUUUGCAAAGAAAGUCCUGCUCCGAAAAAUAAGAUUUAAAAGCAAAUAAAUAAAAGUGCUAUUUUUGCAUAAAAAUAUGAUAUUGAUCAAGUGGCCAGAAAAGUCUUAACGUAGGGCCUUUUGAGUUUUUUGUUUUGACAAACUAUUGAACUGAAAAAUAUCUGUUUUUAAGACAGAACUGGGCACUUUCUACCUGCGGCAAUCCAAUAUAGCUUAUCUUAUUCUUGUCCUUUUUCUCUAUGGAAAUUGUCAAGGAAGCCUACCUAUGUGGCUGUUCACAAUGAUGACUGACUAUGUUAUGCUUGCUAGCGAGCUAGCGACGUUACUAUGCUAGCUAAACGGCUUACUCGGAAAUCACGGCUAAAUGUAAAAAUGCACAGCUUGAAUCAACUGGUGGACUGCUGCAACUAUCGUGCUAGCUAGCUAACCCCUCCUCUGUUGGUUAGUGACUUGCUCCGAAGCAGACUACUGACAUCAUUACACAUCAUGAGGUGGUGAUUCAAUGACCGGAAAACAUUUGGAAUAAUGGAAUGUGCCUUUUUUAAUCAACAUGGAUAUGCAGGGGUGGGUCCUGCUUAUGUUGAUGUUGGGAAGGAGGGAGUAGAAUGGGGUUUAAAAGGUGGCAGGUCGUUCAGCUUGAGACAGAGUUGUAACACACACACACACACACACACACGUGUUCCAAAGAGAGAUGGGGUGAGGUCAGGGGGAUUGGCAUUCCGGUGGAGUAUGUUGGUGUGUUUUAAACAGUCUCCUAUAUGUGCGAGAGCAUUUGUGUUCAUUCCUUGAAUGUGACUGAAAAGUAUAUUUGUUCCUGUGCGAUUAAUGUGUGUGUGUGUGUGUGUGUGUGUGUGAGUGUGUGUGCUUUAGGUGGGUGUGUGUGAGUGUGUGCUUUUACGUGUGUGUGUCCUCCACCUGGUAGUGUUUUGGAUUGAUUUAAGACUCCCUUUGCUGGGACACUUGUCUUUGUGAACGAUGACCUACACCAUCUUCCAUACACCUUUGCAAUCCAAAAGAUGUGAGACACCUUCAGAUAGAAAAGUGAUGUAUAGAGCGGACACAAUUCACUUUUCUCCAUAAGGCAGAGAAGCAGGUCCACUCUAUGCAUGACAUUUCUGUCCUGAUUGCUGUUGUUUAACUCUCUCUCACGCUUGGUAAAUCCAAGAUGGACAAUGGUGGAUAUGUUAAAGGGGAGGUGAAGCACCUUUUUAAAUGGGAUGAACCCAUGUUUCCUGCACCUUUGAUAAAGGGUUUUGAUGUGUUGUGUGGAGAAUCAACCCAAGGGUCAUGCAAAGGCAUGGCCUUGUUCAAAUACUUUUAAAUGGCAUCCUUCCUCCCUUUCCUUGAUGUAAGCACUUCAGGGAAGGGACUUAAGGAAGGGUCCAUUUAGAGGGUAUUGGAACAUAGCCUGCUUCUCAGAUCUGUGGAUGUGGGAUGCACUGGGAUGACUCCAGUUGUAAAUAUUGGGACCGUUGAGCUGACUUUCUUUCUACACUCGUCUAGCGAUUAGUAGGGUGAUUGUGUAACAGUGUGGAAGCGAUGAAAGAGGACCGUUUUUUAAUAUAUUUUUUAUUUUUUACUUGGUCUCGCGUGUUGUCGAGACGUCAUGGAGACUGGUGUGUGUGUGAGCUCCCAGCAUGCAUUUGGCCUACAGGUCAGAGGAGGAGGAUGAGGGUUGCUUUGGUCUUAAAGUACUGGCCUAAUGUGCUACUGAGUCGGUGUGACUGAAGGGAGGGAGAGAGGUGUCAUGGCUGUAGACUGUCUCCCCAUCAGAAUGUUAAUUUUUACUAUGUUUUUUUCUUUCUUGUAUUGCUAAUGUUUUCUUUUUUCUUUAAAGUAAUGUGUACUGUAAAGACCUUAAAGAAAUGCUACUAAUUGAAGGUGGUGAAUGAUUUACCAACUUCUUGCUGAAGAAAAAAUUGAAAAGGAAAGAAAGAUAACUGUACGAUAGCUAGACAGAGCACCGAUAGCUAGACAGAGCACCGAUAGCUAGACAGAGCACCGAUAGCUAGACAGAGCACCGAUAGCUAGACAGAGCACCGAUAGCUAGACAGAGAACUGUAUAUUUUUUUCAUUGUUUGUGAUGAGGGUUCUAUGAGAGGUUCUUCCAGGAGGGUUGAUGGAAGACUAGGGCACUGUACUGUCUCUUGUCUAUUGGGGGGAAUGAUUUUUGGGGAGAUGGGUGGGUAGUAGUGGGUGUGUGGUGCUAUACAGGUCUGAAUUACAAACUUUGCACCUGCUAUUGAACCUAUACACCAUGGUCUGAUUUCACCCUGCUGAACAGAUCCCAUGAUAUUAUGGACAAGGUCAGAUCCAGUCUUGUUCACCAUCCUGCUGUUCACAUGUGGUACUGGAGCCACCACCAGAUGACAGUAUUUCCCCCACAGACCAUAGUCAAUGACUGAGUUGGUUACUAAGUGAUCAAAGUUCAGUUUUGCGUGUUUUGGAGAGGGUUACUUCUCUUAGCUCUGAAGCACAAGACUAUAGGAACAGAAAGGAAUGUUUGUUUGUGUGGGACAGGACAGUUCAAGCUGAUCCAUCCUCCAUCCCUACAGGUAGAUGUCCCUCCUCCCCCAACACACACAUCUCAAGAGGAUGGACAAAGGCAGUAUCCAGUAUGUUGUAUAUAGGCUUGGAGAAGGACCUUUUUUCACAUAUACAUAUAUAAAUAUGAAUAUAUGUAUAGAUAUAUACUGUAUAUUAUACAUAGAGGCACUAAAGUUGAAUUGUUAGUCGUGCACUCUCAGCAUGAGGUAUAUACCCACAAACGGCUUAUUGAAACCAGUGCAGUAGUGUCCCCAAUGUUUCUGCUCCUGCUCCUUGCCCUCCGUGACCCUGUAGCGCCAGUGCUCAUUCUGUUCUCAUUGUUUUCCAAGUGCCAAUAACUUUGUGAAACCCCUUAACUGUGACCCAAUAUUAUUCAAGGUAAUUGCACAUUAACUACUGUAAAGAAAAAUCACGAAGAUAAAUGUCAACAUGGAUUUAAAAAAAAACUAUCUUAAUAAAAGGUUUGUAACAAAUGA